GGAUUUUUGUGAUAUAAUUAGCUGUACAAUUGGUAGGUUGGAUAUGCUGGGUUACAAAAUUUGAAGCUCUCAGAGUUUCCUCAAUUAAUGGAAAUCUGGAACAAAAAUCCUCAAGAAAUCUUGGAUUUCAGAUGGCUUAGCUUCCUAGAAAUUUGUAAUUGUGGUGACUUGAGAUACCUCUUAACUCCUUCCAUGGCAUUGAGUCUUGUUGUGCUCCAAAAGUUGAAAGUACAGAACUGUGAAAUGAUGGAGCAAAUCAUCACAGAAGGAGCUAUGGAUGUAGUAGAAAAUAAUAUGAUAUUCCCACGUCUAAAGUUCAUUACACUAGAGUCUUGUUCAAACUUGACAAGUUUUUUUGUGGAAGUUAUAAACUUGAGUGCCAAUCAUUGAUAGUGCUGUUUGUAGUAAACUGUCAAAAGAUGGUUACAUUUGCCUCAGCAUUUUCAAUAGCACAAGUGAAAGUGGCAGGUGACAGGGGAAGUGAAGAAAUGAUUGGCAAGGAAGAUAGUGAUAUCUCUUCUGAAUCCUUUUUCAGUGAUCAGGUUGAGUUAUCCAACUUUCUGCAGUUGAACCUGUCCUCGAUGAACAUGCAACAAUUACUCCACAAACAACUUUCGGCAGUGUCUUCUGUUGUUCAAAGUUUAGGACACUUGAAUCUUGAGGGAUGUGGUAAUUUGAAAUAUCUAUUUACAUCCUCAAUGAUUAAAAGUUUGGUGCAACUCAAAUAUCUUGACAUUCGUGAUUGUAAGAUGAUGAAAGAGGUAAUAAUAAUUGAUGGUUUAGCCGAAGAAGGAAGAAUGUUGUUGCCUAACCUUAGAACAGUAAUCCUUGAGGGCCUUAUCAAACUCACAAGAUUCUGCUCUGGAAAUUGUGUUGUUUUCCCUUUUCUGACACACCUUUAUAUACUCAAGUGCCCUCUGUUGGAGACAUUCAUCUCCACUUCUACUACCAUUGGAGACACUAGUCACAUGACAGCAAGUAAAAGGGUAGAAGAUACUUAUGGAUCACCUCUGUUUGAUGCAAAGGUGGCAUUCCCCAGUUUAGAGCACCUUAUAAUCAAGGAUAUGGAGAGGUUGGAGAAGAUAAGGCAUGACCAACUUCAUGCAGAUUCUUUUUACAAACUUGAAGGCCUUAUUGUGGGUCCCUGUGAAAAGCUAAUAAGUAUUUUUCCACUUAACAUGCUGGAAAGGCUUCAAAACCUUGCCUGCCUGCAGAUAUUAAAUUGUAUUUCACUAGAAGAAAUUUUUGAAGGGUCACAAGCCAUGGCUGAAUCAACUUUGGUGGAAACAGACACUAAUUUUGUAUUUCCUAAAUUGACACAGUUGCAACUUCUUGUGCUACCCAAGCUUAAGAGUAUCUAUCCUCAAAUGCAUACUACAGAAUGGCCAUCAAUGAAAAAGUUGUUCGUGUUUGGAUGUGAUCAAGUUGAGAUAUUUGCUUCAGAACUUCUGUGCUUCCAAAGAACAAGAAGAGAGAACCAGCUAGAAAUCCAGAUUCAAAGCCCUCUGUUCUGGGUUAGUAAGGCUACAUUCCCCAGUCUAGAGGAACUAAUAGUGGAGAGGAAUAGCAGCAUGAAGGAGAUAUGGCACAGUGAUGAUGUGAAGGAUGGCAUUCUUUUCUCCAAACUCGAGACCUUGCAACUUAAAGUUCUACCAAGACUUGAAAGCUUCUGCUCAGGGAGUUGCAACUUUGAAUUCCCUUCUUUGAAAGAUGUAAUUGUGAUGGAGUGUCCAAAUAUGCUGACUUUCUCUGAGGGAGAAGUAAGUACCCCAAAACUGCAGAAAGUGAAACUGACAGAAGAUGAAGAUGAAGGAUAUUGGGAAGAUGGCCUUAACCCCACAAUACAACAGUUGUUCUUAAAAAGGAGUGAUGAUGACUCUGAAGAAGACUGGUCUCAUGCUUUACACAAGCUGUAUGAUUAGGUUUCUGUUUGAGAUGGUUUGUAUGGUGCACUCAUAAGCUGGAUUUCUACCGUGCCAGGCUGCAUUUUUGUCUUCUAACUUUAAAAUGUUAAUUCAAUUCCUAAAACUAGUCUUUUGAAUUUUUAAACUCUAUUUGUGCGACGUCUUUUCAAUGUUUAAUUUCUGCGAGCCACGUAAGACGUUUUUUUGGUUUGGUUUUUGUAUUGUGAAGGAGAUUAUUUAAACUUAAUU